AAAUAAUUCUAUAAAAUGAUCGAGAAUUCUAAGGAAACAUUGAUGCCAUUUGAUAUUAACUCUCCUGAGUACCCCCAGGAUACUUACAUAGGUAGGGUGCUAAAUUUAUUGAAGAGUCAAAACCCAUUCAACUUCUAUCUUCCUCACUCAAAGGUUAUGAAGGCAAAAGAUAUCGUAGAUACGGAGAUUCGGUUGGCAAAAGAGUUAAAUGGAUCAGAAAUAUUGUACUCCCCUGAAAAGAUUAAAGAAAUUAGGAUAGCUCAGAGUAUUGUAAACUCUUCGUUUCAUCCAGAAACAGGAGAGAUUGUUCCAAGAUUUUUCAGAUUAUGUUCAUAUGCGUCUGUCAGCGUCCCUGUAAUUUUUGGAAUGCUACUAUGUAAGCCGACUACAUUGAAUAUUAUCUUCUGGCAAUGGCUUAAUCAGACCUAUUCAGCAGGUAUGAACUUUGCAAAUAGAAAUGCUUCAAGUACUUUGACCACAAAAGAGAUUCUAACAGCUUAUGGAGUUGCAGUUUCGACUAGUAUCGGAAUUGGCUUGGGAGUUAAAGCAUUGUUGAAUCCUCUUGCUAAGAACUUGAAAGGACCCAGUCAGAUCUUCAUUAAUUUCCUAAUAACUCUUUCAGCAGUUGGAUCGGCAGGAUUUUUAAAUUUACUCAUUAUGAGAUCUAAAGAAAUUAAAGAUGGUAUCUCUCUUAUUGAUAAUGAAGGAAAUGACAGAGGAAAAUCUAAGAUCAUUGGGAAAAGUGCAGUGAUUAACACUGCAUUGACUAGAUUUAUAAUGCCAAUCCCUCCUCUAAUUGUUCCAACAGUUUUGUUUUAUUUUAUCGAAAAUAAUUUGAAGAAAAGACAUCGAUUGGUCAAACUAGGAGUGGAGAUAGGCACUUUCUUUGCUUGAUUAAGUUUCGGCCCUCCUAUUGCAUGUGGACUCUUUGAACAAAAUAUCAAAGCUCAUAUCUCCGGUUUAGAGCCAGAGUUUCAAAACCUAAAAGAUUCUCAUGGGAACCAAGUCACUGAACUCUGGUAUAACAAGGGAUUAUAGAUGAAUUAUUCAAUUUUGACAAAA